CUCCCUACUAGAUGACGUCGCUGUAGCAUCACAUCCUGUCUUGGUAAGUUUCUCAGUUUAUUUUAUUGAGCUUUUAGUUCUAGGUUUUGCCAGGUCGCUCCUUCAUUCAGAGCACAGAGACGGGCCAUGAGCUGCUUCGUCUCUGUUUACCAUCGCUGAUCACUUCUUCCCUUCCUGUCUGACAAUGCUGAACGCGAUGCUCCGGAGCCGUGCAGAGGGCACCGCACUGAAAUCAAUGGGGUCAUUACCAGCUCGAAUUCGUAUCUCAAAGGCAUUCCCGACUCCCCGACUGUCGCUAUCCCGCUCGAUACACACCCCUCGUCACCGACCAGCCCCCCAAUGGCGCGCCUUGGCACAGGUACCGACGGUCUCGGUGCCAAUCCGAUACAAGUCUGAACUCGCAGCCAAGCUGGGGUCUGCACGGAGAUCGGCCAUCGUGGGCGCUACGUACAAAGUUUUUACCUGGUGUGGCUUUCUGAUCUUCUCUGGUGGUGCUAUGGUACUUGCCUUCUUUAUCUAUGAUGCUAGUACAUAUCGCGAAUCGUCAACUGCAGCCGACAUCCCUGUUUCAGAGUUGGCGCUUAAUCCUCGGAUUGGAGGCCCGAAGAACUUGCCUAUUGCCGAUUACCUUGUUGGUGACUAUGACUCGGAAACAAUGCUGGAGCAGAAGGACAAGCCGCGUCUGGUCAUCCUGGGCACGGGUUGGGGUAGUAUUGCGCUCCUAAAGAACUUGAACCCUGCAGAUUACCACGUUACUGUCGUUUCCCCGACCAACUAUUUCUUGUUUACUCCUAUGCUGCCCUCUGCUACUGUAGGCACCCUGGGUCUUCGUUCGCUGGUGGAGCCCGUUCGGCGCAUUAUUGAUCGAGUCAAUGGGCACUUCCUCAAGGCAUCGGCUACUGAUGUCGACUUCUCUGCAAAGUUGGUGGAGGUUUCUCAGGUUGACAAUGACGGGGUUAGAAAGAACUUCUAUCUUCCCUACGACAAGCUUGUUAUUGGUGUCGGCUGUGUGACGAACCCCCAUGGUGUCAAGGGCCUCGAGAAUUGUAAUUUCUUGAAGACAAUUGACGAUGCUCGUCGCAUCAAAAACCAGGUGUUGGAAAACAUGGAGCAGGCCUGUCUUCCUACCACCACCGAUGAAGAGCGCAGACGCCUGCUUUCCUUUGUCAUUUGUGGCGGUGGUCCAACCGGUGUUGAAUUUGCUGCUGAGCUGUUCGAUCUUCUCAAUGAAGACUUACUCCUCUCUUUCCCUCGCAUUGUCCGCAACGAGAUCUCUGUUCACAUCAUCCAGAGCCGAACCCACAUUUUGAACACGUACGACGAGGCACUCUCCAAGUAUGCUGAGGGUCGAUUCACUCGUGAUGGUGUCGAGGUGUUGACCAACGCCCGUGUCAAGGAAGUUCGCAGUGACCGGGUCCUUUUCAGUCAGGUGGAAGACGGCAAGACUAUUGUCAAGGAGAUCCCAACUGCAUUCUGCCUGUGGUCCACUGGCGUGGCCCGAGCUGAAAUCUGCGAAACCCUCUCCAACAAGCUGGAGGGUCAGAACAACAAGCAUGCCCUUGAGACGGAUUCUCAUCUCCGUCUGAUUGGUGCUCCCCUAGGUGACGUCUACGCCAUUGGUGACUGCUCGACAGUCCAGAAUAACGUGGCAGACAACAUUAUCCGGUUCCUUCGCACUAUCGCCUGGGAAAAGGGUCGCGAUCCCGAGAAGGUCCACCUCACCUUCUCCGAAUGGACAGAAGUUGCCAACCGAGUAAAGAAACGUUUCCCUCAAGCCACUAACCAUCUCCGCCGCCUGGACCUACUCUUCGAACAGUACGACAAGGACCACUCCGGUACACUCGACUACGGCGAAUUGUCCGAGCUCCUGCACCAGAUCGACACCAAGCUCACUUCCCUGCCUGCCACCGCCCAGCGUGCCAACCAGCAGGGUGUCUACCUCGGCCGCAAGCUUACCAAGAUUGCCGCCGCCCUUCCUGGCCUCAAGGCCAAUGAGAUCGACUAUGGUGACCUCGACGAGGCCGUCUACAAGGCCUUCCGUUACAGACAUCUUGGAAGCUUAGCGUACAUCAGUAACGCUGCCAUUUUCGACUUUGGCGGUAUGAGCUUCAGCGGUGGUGUCAUUGCCAUGUACCUCUGGCGUAGUAUCUACUUCGCCGAGAGCGUGAGCUUCCGCACGAGGUGUAUGUUGGCCAUGGACUGGGCCAAGAGAGCUCUUUUCGGAAGAGAUCUCAUGAGCUUCUAAGCAGCUCGAUAUACUCCCCACCCAUAGCCUGUCGCUGGCCGAUGAUGAGAUAUCAAUAGUGUUUAUUUGCUGAUACAGUUUCGAGCGGGUCAGAGAGAGAUUGGGAACCAUUUGUCCUAUGACUCCUGUUUAUUUCCGAAAAUACCUACGCCUUCGACCUUUUUGCUUGUUCUUUUGGGUUUAUCCUGUUGAACUUCAUGCAUACCAGCGGCUGUAUGGAUUUGUUGCGUUCAUUAGCUAGCUUUUUUCUUGUGUUCUGAUGCUUGCUGCAUAAACGCAUUGACUGUAAUCUAGAAAGACGUCAGUUAAGAAAUUUAGGCCGACGAUCAAGCUUGUUCUG